AUGCCCGCGGGCGUGACGGACCCCAACUACAAGCCCCAGCCCGGCCGGCUGGGCAACCUCACCGUGCCGCAGCAGCACGCGCUCGACGAGCUCCGCAAGAAGCUCCAGGAGGAGGAGGCGUUCGUGCCCGAGCGCAUGGACGACGCGACGCUCCUCAGGUUCCUCCGGGCGAGGAAGUUCGACGUGGAGAAGGCGAAGCAGAUGAUCGCCGCGUGCGAGCAGUGGCGGAAGGACUUUGGCGUCGACGAGCUCUGGAAAAACUUUGACUUCAAGGAGAAGGAGGCGGUGGACAAGUACUACCCGCAGUACUACCACAAGACAGACAAGGACGGACGGCCGCUGUACGUGGAGCGGCUCGGGCUGCUCGACAUCAAGGCGCUCUACGCGAUCACGACGCAGGAGCGGCAGCUGCAGCGGCUCGUGUACGAGUACGAGAAGUUCCUGCGCGAGCGGCUGCCCGCGUGCUCGGCCGCGGUCGGGCACCCCGUCGAGACGUCCUGCACGAUCCUCGACCUCGCGAACGUGUCGCUCAGCAACUUCUACCGCGUCAAGGACUACGUGAUGAGCGCGGCGAGCAUCGGCCAGGACCGCUACCCGGAGACGAUGGGCCGCUUCUACAUCAUCAACGCGCCGUGGGCGUUCAGCACCGUGUGGACGUUCAUCAAGCCGUGGCUCGACGAGGCGACCGUCGCGAAGAUCGACAUUAUCGGCUCGGGGUACAAGGACAAGCUGCUCGCGCAGAUCCCCGCGGAGAACCUCCCGAAGGAGUUUGGCGGGACGUGCCAGUGCGCGGGCGGGUGCUCGCUCAGCGACGCUGGCCCUUGGAAUCCGCCAGCGGGCGAGGCGAAGGCGGCCCCGGCCGAGCCGAAGGCGUAG